GUGCUUUUGACGUCAUGUUGUAGUUACUCUGAUUGGCUGUCUCCAGACUGGUGCUGAUGUGGUGUUCCCAAGUUAGCAAGUCUCCUGUACCGAAUUAAACCAGAAGACUUUUGAUCAAAAUAAUAUCGUUUUUUGGUAAAUAAUGCCUUUCUAUCAGACAUGGGAAGAGUUCGCUCGUGCAGCAGAAAAACUGUACCUAACAGAUCCAAUGAAGGUAAAUAACUACAUGUAAUUGUAACGUAUGGUUAGCAUGCUAGCUGCGUAGCGUGUUAUACCAAAGAGCAUGAUCGUGUCUAAAAACUACCGGUUUGAUUUUUUUUAAUGUGUGCUGACAAUCUCCGUCCUUUUUCAGGUCAGAGUGGUCCUCAAAUACAGACACUGCGAUGGUAACCUUUGCAUUAAAGUGACCGACAAUGCUGUGGUAAGUGACCGUAGGAUCGCGUCUAAACCGCUUGUCUGGAAAAGUGUUGUCCAAGCUGUAUUAACUUACAUUUAACCCUCUAGUAAGACAAAAUUGGGUGCUUUGAAAGGCGCCUCUAAAUAAAAUGUAUUAUUUUUAUUUUUGGGCCUGCAGCUCUUUUCUUUUUGAUUGCAUGAAACAGUCGGCGAUCGUGAGUGACUCAUCAGGACAGCUUUUAUCAAAGUGAUCAAAAACAGCCUCAUCAGGGAAUCCUCACUGAUGAGAGCUGUAGACUGCUGCCACAUGUGAUCAGCUGGUUUCCUCUGAUUCGGAAAGUUCCGGUUUACUGCAGUAUUGCCAGGCAGUUCAUAAGUAACUCCUAGGGGUGCGCCAAUCACAAUUUUCUGGCCGAUCACUAAUCGCCGAUCUUUAAAAAGCUUGACCUGCCGAUACCAAUUUUGGCCGAUUUUUUUUUUUUUUUAAAUAACUGACAACAUACACCUUCAAUGCUCCUAUUACUGAUAAACACUGAACAGUACUUGUGAAACAAUACAAUCUUUUUGUGUUUGUUUUAACUGCACAUGAGGUAGUUCUCUCAAAUAUAAAUGAAACGUUUAGAAUAUUGCUGUCCAAACUACUAAAUUAUACCAGUUCCUUUAGUCUUUUACUUUUUUAAAAAUUAACAAUACUUGCGCAACACGUCACACUGCAGGCCUGUUUUGAUCCUCUUACCAAAAUAAAUUGCACAGCAGUAUUUUCCUUUUACAAAUAAAGGAAAUCAGAAGGUUUGAGGAAGUUAGUAAAAUAAUAAUAUACAGGACAAACUAACAACACAACAUAAACCACCAAUAAACUGUCCUGAGUUUUAGGUCGUGUUCACACCUAAAGGUCUGAUUCCUGAUUUGAAUCCAAGGCAAGACGAUACAUUUGUUUUGAUUGUUUGAUCGAUGAGCCAGCGGAUUUAUCGGUGCAUGUUUAGUUUCUCCUGUCACUUCUUUGCUCGGUUGACUUUCAUUCUUCAUCUGUGAAACCAAACUCAUUAAAGUGUCCUCUUGUGUUCAUAGGAAACACGCCAUCUGUGUCUAGAUCUCACAAAGUUAUGCCUUGUGAUACGUGAGGCAGUCCUCCCUAUGUUUGGUAGAUUUAACUUAACAGUGGUUGUUUUGUUUUGCUGAUUCCACAGUGUUUACAGUACAAGACAGACCAGGCCCAGGACGUGAAGAAGAUCGAGAAGCUCCAUGGAAAACUGAUGAGACUCAUGGUGUCCAAAGAGACACACAGCGGUGCCAUGGAGACGGACUGACGGACUCUACAGGAAUAAGAGCACAUGGACUGAGUUCAGUGGAUGCUGGGUUGUUGAGAGCACAGUACCAUCAGAGUGCAACGCAAAGUCUGAGAUGAGCAGAAGUAAAGAGGGAAUAAGAUUGAUCCAGCUGCUUUCACUGAUUGGAUACCAUCAGAGAUCUGAUUUAAAUACUGUAUAUAUUUUAUUCUCUCAGGAUUUUGUUAUUUUUGCUACAUGCUAAGUCAAUAAAAAUCCCACUAUUCUACAUGUCCAUACUGGGCAUUUCUUCAUAUCUCUGAUGGUAUAAAUAAAAGAAGGUGCAGAAAAGGCAGCUGAGUGAUUUAAGGAAUGAAAGAAGGAGAAAAUGUUGGGUCUGGGGUGUGAAAUGUACAAAAAGAACAAAUCCUGCUGCUGUGUAAGCAGCGCUGGUACCUUGUUUUCUUUAAAGGAGGAUAGUAUUUAUUUUUUGUUUUGUUUUUAAAGGAGACGUAAAAGACGGGCUAAGACGGUGCUAAUUGUUUUUUGUGGUUGACAUCAAAGUCGGGGUCAAUUUUAGCACAGCUUUUACUUUCAUUUUCGAAGUCCAUAUGGACAUGUGCCACACAAUUGAAUAAGGAUGUUUUGAUUUCUCAAAAAUAAUUUCCCUGAUGAAAACCCAAUGCCUCCAAAUGCCAAUUCACCAAGCUAAGUAUCUGUGCUACAUGUUGAAUAAAUGUUUAGUUGCCCUAGUACAGUCCAUCUCAGCUGUUUUUAUUUUGUGUGAAGAUUUGAUGGAAUACAUGUAGGACCAAAAACGUUUGCUAAAAGGAGUUCAGGGUGUGGCAUUUUGGGUAAAUCUUAAAAAUGCAGGUGGGAAAAGAAACUGUGAUAGUUUCAGUAAACCGUUUCAGUCUGAAUCAAGUGAAGUCUCUGAACCAACAUACGCCACAGAUGGUCAACAAAUCAACUUCAUUCAUCUUUGAAAUGUGUGCAUGGAUAUUCAAUGAGCACAACUAAUUAAGGGUAGAGUUGAAAAUCAUAGGGUCAUGGGGAUCUAACCUCUCUGUUAAGAUGUAAAAUAACGUGGUUGAGGUCUCUUUGUGGUACACAGAAGGUAGCAGCAAACUGAAACUGAAGAGACAGAAAUUGUGUGUUUGUGCGCAGAACUAAUCCAGGCCCCAAAACGUGGAAAGAAACACAACGGCUACAACCUGAAAACCAUUGUAAAACUUUUUAAAAAUUCUAAUGAAGUUUAAAGGGAUAUUCUGGCGUAAAAUUAAGUUAGGGUCAAACACACUGUAACACAAAGUUAGACACCCUGUCAAGAGAUGAAUGUUGCAGAAAGCUUGCUUCUCUACUUAUACCAACUUAAGCAACGACCGCACAUUAGCAAUACACAGCGGUCUCAGGAGCCAUGCGCUCAACCGAAAAGCCACUCUAUAGCCACAAAUAAUGCAUGCAUGCUUAUAAUGUACAUAUAAGGUCCCAACCAUAGUACUAACCACCAAACAUCUUUUUAGCUUUGCCUAAUUUCUUUAGCAAUUCACCUACUCCUUUCCAGCAGCCGCUUGUUUGUAUGGAGACCCCUGGGUGAUUCCAUCCAUGCAGUGGGGUGACGCAGCUCAAGGAAGAACAUUUAUGAUCGCUACUUUAUCAUUUCCUUGAAGUAAUUAUCACCAUAUUAAUCAUUUUGCACUGCAGACGCUGUAGUUCUUCUGCCUCAGCAUCUCGGUCUGAUUGUAUUUCCAUGAAGAAAUUAUCAUAAAUGUUCUUCAUUGAGCUGCGUCACCCCUCCUCAGUCUGUAAUGGACUGGCUUGAGGUCUCGCGACAAAUAAGCGGCUGCUGGAAGAGAGUAGGUGAGUUGUGUUUUGCUGAAGAAAUUAGGCAAAGUUAAAAAGAUGUUUGGUGGCUAGUGUUGUGGCUGGAACCCUAUAUGUACUGUUGAUGAAGUUAGGUGCUGUUCUGAACAUUAUUUGUGGCUAUAGAGUGGCUUUUUGGUUGAGCUCGUGGCUCUCUGUAUUGCUAUCGGUCGUUACCGAAGUUGGCAUAACUAGAGAAGCAAGCAGUCAGCAAGCAUUCAUCUCUAGACGGGGUGUCUAACUCAGUGUUACGGUGUGUUUGACCCUAACCUAAUUUUAUGACAGAAUAUUCCUUUAAUGUACCCUGAAAAUACAGGUGAAUAAAAUUAAACCCAACAAAUAUUG